AGCCAGGUUUUUCUAGGGUAGGGACACCUAGGGCUCCCAGUUAGCUCUGUCCUUAGUUUCUCUGUACCCACCCAGCCCACUGCAGCCAAGAUGAUGUGUGGUGCGCCAUCCGCCACGAUGCCGGCCACGGCCGAGACGCAGGAGAUCGCCGACAAGGUGAAGACCCAGCUUGAAGAGAAAGAAAAUCAGAAGUUUGAUGUCUUUAAAGCCGUAUCCUUCAAGAAACAGGUAGUGGCCGGCCUCAACAUCUUCAUCAAGGUUGAUGUUGGUGAUGAUAAAUACGUGCACCUGAGGGUAUUCGAAGCCCUCCCUCAUGAAAACAAGCCUUUGACCCUGUCUUCCUACCAGACCAACAAAGAAAAACAUGAUGAGCUGACCUACUUCUGAUUCUACAGCCCCUUUGCCAAAUACUUCAUCUUUUCAAUCUGUGUUUGGGACCACAAAGUUAAAUACCCCUCUGUGAUUGAGGGGGUGGAGUUAAGCAGCUUCUUUUGUGAUUCCAAAACUGCACUGUAUUUUGUUUUCGUCCAAAUAAUUAUUUUCAGAAAGCUGUAUAUGAUCUCUCUCUAAAUAUAUUAUAUAUUUUUAGAGACUAUACAAA